AUGAGUUGGAAGAUCAGAGGGAGGGCAUUCCACGCCCAGGGGAUGACGUACACCCGUGCGCCUCCAGCGGAGUCACGUGGGGUCCUGGCGGCCAAUCGCGAGGCUGUCACUAGCGUCCGCUGCGAUUGGGGUCACGUGGGGUCCGGGCGGCCAAUCGCGGGGCUGCUCCGGCUCCAAGCGCGUCUCGACGUCACUGGAGGGCGCCGCGAGCGGGGUCACGUGGGGUCCGGGCGGCCAAUCGCGGGGCGGCUCCGGCCGUCGCUCUCUCUCUCGCUUUCCCUCGGCAAGAUGGCGGCGGUGCCUGAGGCGACGACGACGACGACGACGACGACGGCGGCGGCUCCGGACCCCGCGGCGGCGGCGGCGGCCCCGAGCCCCGCGGUCCCCGCGGUCCCCGCGGCGGCCCCGUCGGCGGCCCCGUCGGUUCCGGUCCCGGGCGGCCCGUUCCCCGGAGGGCGCGUGGUGCGGCUGCACCCGGUGAUCCUGGCCUCCAUCGUGGACAGCUACGAGCGGAGGAACGACGGCGCCGCGCGCGUCAUCGGAACCCUCCUCGGGACAAUCGACAAACACUCGGUGGAAGUGACCAACUGCUUUUCGGUGCCGCACAAUGAGUCCGAGGACGAGGUGGCCGUGGACAUGGAGUUUGCCAAGAACAUGUAUGAACUGCACAAAAAAGUCUCUCCAAGCGAGCUUAUCCUGGGCUGGUACGCCACCGGCCACGACAUCACGGAGCACUCGGUGCUCAUCCACGAAUACUACAGCCGGGAGGCCCCCAACCCCAUCCACCUCACCGUGGACACCGGCCUCCAGAACAACCGCAUGAGUAUCAAAGCCUACAUCAGCGCUUCGAUGGGCGUCCCCGGGAAGACGAUGGGCGUCAUGUUCACACCCCUGACGGUGAAGUACGUCUACUACGACACCGAGCGGAUAGGCAUCGACCUGAUCACGAAGACGUGCUUCAGCCCCAACCGGGUGAUCGGCCUGUCGACCGACCUGCAGCAGGUGGGCACGGCCUCGGCCCGGAUCCAGGACGCGCUGAGCACGGUGCUGCAGUACGCCGAGGACGUGCUGUCCGGAAAGGUCUCCGCCGACAACACCGUGGGCCGUUUCCUCACGGACCUGGUGAACCGGGUGCCCCAGAUCCCCCCCGAGGACUUCGAGACGAUGCUCAACAGCAACAUCAACGACCUCCUGAUGGUGACCUACCUGGCGAACCUGACGCAGUCCCAGAUCGCCCUCAACGAGAAGCUCCUGUGCCUGUGAUGGUCCCCCCCGUCCCCGGGCCAUCACACCGUCACCGUUCCCCCGAAGGUGCCGCGGCCCCCAAUAAAGUUCUCUUCUUUCAACCCGG